AUGUGGGCAGCAGCGGGCACCAGCCUCAAAGUGGGCAGCAGCGGGAACCAGCCUCAAUUCUCUAAGUGGGCGGCAGCGGGCAGCAGUCUCCAGCCUCAAAGUGGGCAGCAGCGGGCAACAACCUCCUGCCUCAAAUUGGGCAUCAGCCUCCUGCCUCAAAGUGGGCAGCAGUUUGAACCAGUCUCCCGUCGCAAAAUGAGCAUCAGUGGGCACCAGCCUCAAAGUGGGCAGCAGCGGGCACCAGCCUCCAGCCUCAAAGUAGGCACCAGCCUCCUGCCUCAAAGUAGGCACCAGCCUUCUGCCUCAAAGUGGGCAGCAGCGGACACCAGGCACCAGCCUCAAAGUGGGCAGCAGCUGGCACCAGCCUCAAGUCCUAAAGUGGGCGGCAACGCGCACGCCAGCCUGCAGCCUCAAAGUGGGCACCAGCCUCCUGCCUCAAAGUGGGCAGCAGCGGACACCAGCCACCAGUCUCAAAGUGGGCAGCUGCGGACACAAGUCUCCAGCCUCAAAGUCGGCACCAGCCUCCUGCCUCAAAGUGGGCAGCAGUUUGCACCAGUCUCCAGGCUCAAAAAGAGCAUCAGUGGGCACCAGCCUCAAAGUGGGCAGCAGCGGGCACCAGCAACCAGUCUCAAAGUGGGCAGCUGCGGGCACAAGUCUCUAGCCUCAAAGUGGGCACCAGCCUCCUGCCUCAAAGUGGGCAGCAGCGGACACCAGCCACCAGUCUCAAAGUGGGCAGCUGUGGGCACAAGUCUCCAGCCUCAGAGUGGGCACCAGCCUCCUGCCUCAAAGUGGGCAGCAGCGGACACCAGCCACCAGUCUCAAAGUGGGCAGCUGCGGGCACAAGUCUCUAGCCUCAAAGUGGGCACCAGCCUCCCGCCUCAAAUUGGGCAGCAGCGCGAACCAGCUUCCAGUCUCAAAGUGGGCCACAUCGGGCACCAGUCUCCAGCUUCAAAGUGGGCACCAGUCUCAAAGUGGGCAGAUACGAGCACCAGCCUCCACGCUCAAUGUGGGCAGCAGCGGGCACCAGCCUCCAAACUCAAAGUGGGCACCAGCCUCCAGGCUCAAAGGUGUCAACAGCUGUCACCAGUCUCCUGCCUCAAAGUGGGGAGCAACGGGCACCAGCCUCAAAUUGGGUAG